ACAAGAAUUACUGUCCAUUAGUCAUUAAUAGAUAAUUAAAUAGAUAAUUAAAAUAUGAUUUCCAGUUUGUACUCCCGAUUUUAUUCUAUUUCUAUGAUUAAAAGUAUUUUUGUGAUUCUACUUUGUCCAAUUGCCGCAGUCGUAGUACCACAUAACAAUAGUACCAUACGUUUGCUCAAAUGUUUUUUGUUUGCCACGGUUAUUUUUCCCACACUAAAUGUGAAUACCAAUUAAAUUAUUUGAAUCAAAAUCACCAAUGUAUCACGUGUCGAGUUUUACAUAAACUACAAAUUAUUAAGAAUACUAUAAAAUUCAACAUGUCUAAAGCUCUUGUAAGUUUAGUCACAGGAGCUGCUUCUGGAUUAGGAAAAGCCACUGUUGAAAGACUUGUGAAAGAUGGAUACAAAGUAAUAAUGUGUGAUUUACCAUCAUCUGAAGGGAAAAGUGUUGCUGAAACAUUUGGUCCCAACACCAAUUUUGUUCCUACUGACGUACGAUCUGAAACCGAUGUUCAGAAUGCUAUUGACACUUGUAGUCAACUCCAUGGAAAAUUAAAUUUGAUCGUCAAUUGUGCUGGUAUAAGCGUCGCACGCAAAGUAUUUAAUUUCAACAAAAGCAGUGCUCAUAGCUUAGAAGAAUUUACUGAUGUACUUAUGGUAAAUACUGUAGGUAGUUUCAAUGUUAUCCGAUUAGGUGCUGCACUGAUGGGAAAAAAUGAAACUGACGAAAAUGGUCAACGAGGAGUUGUAAUUAAUACAUCAGGAUAUUCUGCUUAUGAUGGGCAAACAGGCCAGGUCGCUUUUGCAGCCAGCAAAGGCGCUAUUGCUGCUAUGACACUACCUCUCGCAAGAGAUAUGGCAUCACAAGGCAUUAGGCAUUGUUCAAUAGCUCCAGGAUUAUUCGAUACUCCUUUACUAAAUCAUUUACCUGAAAAAGUUAAAAACUAUUUCGCUGAUAUGACACCAUUUCCUAAAAGAUUAGGUCAACCAGAAGAGUUUGCAAAUCUUGUUGUAAGCAUUGUCAAUAAUCCAUUUUUAAAUGGAGAAGUUAUUAGAAUAGAUGGCGGAAUCAGAUUAAUCUAAAUCAUUUUUAGUGCCUAUUGUAAUAUAUUUUAAGUUAGUGCUUCUCCCUAUUAUAUUGAUAUGUUAAGUGUUGAACUUUAGUAGUUGUCAAUAAUUAGUAAAAUUAAAUGUAUUUAUCAUUUUUAA